AUGAGCACAAACAACAAGAGGCGCGGAGCUAGCGGUGCCAGUUGUUUUGUACCUGGAGUGCCCGCCCUAGUAAACGUACCGACAGCCAUGUCCGCCGAUCUUGCCUCUUUAUUUGAGUGCCCCGUUUGUUUCGACUAUGUCCUUCCUCCGAUUCUGCAGUGCCAGAGCGGGCACCUGGUGUGCUCGAGCUGUCGACCUAAACUAUCGUGCUGUCCCACCUGUCGCGGACCUCUCGGUAAUAUACGCAACUUGGCAAUGGAAAAAGUUGCCAGCAAUGUUAUGUUUCCAUGUAAACACUCCAACACCGGCUGCACUGUCACACUUGUGCAUACUGAGAAAGCAGAACACGAAGAAGCCUGCGAAUUUAGACCUUACUCUUGCCCUUGUCCUGGUGCAUCAUGUAAAUGGCAGGGAGGCCUAGAUCAAGUGAUGCAACAUUUAAUGACCUCACAUAAAAGCAUCACCACACUUCAAGGUGAAGACAUAGUGUUCCUUGCAACAGAUAUAAAUCUACCUGGUGCAGUGGACUGGGUUAUGAUGCAGUCAUGUUUCAACCACCAUUUUAUGUUAGUGCUUGAGAAGCAAGAGAAGUUUGAUGGACAUCAACAGUUUUUUGCAAUCGUUCAGUUAAUAGGUUCCCGUAAAGAAGCUGAAAAUUUUGCAUAUAGAUUAGAGUUGAAUGGUCAUCGUAGAAGGCUCACUUGGGAGGCAAUGCCACGUUCCAUUCAUGAAGGAGUGUCCUCCGCCAUCAUGAACUCUGAUUGCCUUGUAUUUGAUACCUCCUUAGCGCAGUUGUUUGCUGACAAUGGGAACCUUGGAAUAAAUGUCACAAUCUCUAUUGCCUAA